GAGCGGGAUAAAUGGAGCCCGCCACCCGGCCCCCUCAGGUCUGUCCAUCCUUCUCCUCCUCCUCUUCCUCGGCGCUGAAGGACCAGAGUUGACCCUGAUGAGCAUCAUGACGGGCCGGGAGGACGUUGGCGAAGAGAAGCCCAAAGUGAAGAUGUUAUCUCCAGGAUUUGGGAUUGAUAAAUCCCGGCUGCACGGCUCCGGGUUCCGGUCUAAAGGCUUUGCCAUCACCGACCUGCUGGGCCUGGAGUCGGACCUGCAGGCGCGGCAGCAGCCCGGAGGUGCUCCGGGUUCGGGCCUGUCGGCGGCGUGCUCCGGGCCCGGGGCCGAGCCGCAGGGUGCCAGCGGCGGCCUCGGAGGGUUCUCCUUCCCGGGAGGGUCGCUGCCGCUCGGCCUCGGCUUCCUGUGCAGCCUGGCGGCUCAGCAACCGGCCGGAGCGCCCUGCUUCCUGCCCGGGCACCUGCCGCUGCUGCAGGCCCGGGCCGACAGCCACUACCUGCAGAACCUCGAGGCCCAACGGGACGCCUACUCCGAUGAGGAGUGUCUCUCCGACAGAAACGACUCCAAAAGUUCAGGAAACAAUCAGAAGAGAAAGAAGAGGAGACACAGGACGGUGUUCACCUCCCACCAGCUGGAGGAGCUGGAGAAAGCUUUUCACGAGGCUCAUUACCCCGACGUCUACGCCCGAGAGAUGCUCGCCAUGAAGACAGAGCUGCCCGAGGACAGAAUACAGGUGUGGUUUCAGAAUCGGCGGGCGAAGUGGCGUAAGCGGGAGAAGUGUUGGGGUCGCAGCAGCGUCAUGGCGGAGUACGGUCUGUACGGGGCGAUGGUGCGACACUCCAUCCCGCUGCCAGAGUCCAUCCUCAACUCCGCCAAGAACGGCAUGAUGGGAUCCUGCGCCCCCUGGCUGCUCGGUGAGCCGCAUGCACGAAUGCACAAAAAGUCUUUAGAAAUGGCCAAAAAAUGUUCCAGCCCUCGGGAGUCUGACUCCGCCCGCUCUGACUCUUUCUGCGACGCCUCGGAGAGACGGGGCGGCGGCGAGGCCCGGGGGGUGGAGCGUGAGGCAGUGGAGGAGGAGGAGCUGCUGGAGGAGGAGGAGGACAUGGAGGAGGAGGUGGCCAUCGACCUGUCCAGCUCCUCCAAACAGCAGCAGCAGCAGGAGGAGGGAGGGAGGUGCGCCUCCUCGCCGCGGCGGCAGAGUGGUGGCAACUCGGACGAACACAGCUGAAGGUUGAUCGGACGUUUCUGCUCUGGGAGCACAGUGAUUUCAUUGGCUCCUUUUUCAGGGAGCACAGCCAAUCAAUGAACAGCCAUUACAUCAUUUGUUACUAUGCAAAGUUUCUACUUCAGUAGCUCGACAGCCAAUGUUGCCAACUUAGCGACUUUGUCGCUAAAUUUACCAAUUUUUCAAACGCAUUUAGUUAUUUAUUUAUUCAUUUUUAUUUUAUUUUAUUUAUUUAUUUUUAUUUAUUUCUCAAGAAAACACUUAGUAGAGCGCUUGUAUUUAAGCAUUUUAAGUAUUUAACUUGGACAUUAGCCUGUGGGCAUUUCCUUCUAUGCAAACAAACGUUAACUGACAAAAUAUAAUGUAUUAUUUCAGUGCUAGUGUUAGUAUGCUAAACUACUAGCCAGUGGGCUAUAGAUUUAGCAUGUUACCAAACACUUAAAUUUGCCUGCCAAAUAUGUUCGCAUGCUUAUAUAUUAGCCCAUGGCUACUAUUUUACAGUGGUAAGAAACAGCUACUGUUCAUUUAAAAUGUAAUAUGUGGGCAUGUUAGCAUGCUAAAAUAUUAGCAAGAUAAACUAUUAUACAAAGGCUAACAAAGAUUUAAAAUUAGUAAUUGAAUAUGUAAAAUUUCAGUGCUAGUAUUUUACCAAACGUUGUAUGCUAAACUAUCAGCACAUGGGUAAUAUUUUAUCAUGCUAACAUCUUUACUGUUGAUGUAAAAUGUGACAUUAAAGUCAUGACCAAUAUGCUAAGGUGUUAGCUGCUAAUGAAAUAAGAAAUAUUAGCAAGCUAACAACCCAUUGAAAACUAUGAAGUUAACUGACAAAUAUGUUACUUUUUGAUUGAUCUAUCCACAGCUUUUCAAUAAUGAAGCAAAUGCUACUGAUUAUGCUAUAACUGAGCUAAAAUACUAAACGUGUUCGGCUCCGUUAGCCAUCUCUCUGUGCUCCCAGAAAUGCUAACGUCAUGCUAGCGUAACGAGGACCUCCACUAAGAGUCAGAUGGUCGUGGAGGAAUCGGACUGAGUGGAGUCUGUUCUGACAGACGUGAACUGUUGGAGGAGGGUGUAAAUGAAGAUGUCUCCGUCUGUGUGUUUAUCAUUGUAUUGUACUGAGAGUAUGUUUUAUAUCUGUGUUUUUGGAAAAUAAGAGAAUAUUCAAUGUUUUAUUCCUGUUGGUGUUUUAUAGUUUGACUGUCUGUCAAGCACUGAUCAGACUGAAGUUCUGUGAAGGAAUGUAAUUUAAAUGUAAUAUUUAAAAAGAAUUUGUUUGAUAUUAUCAUAUGUAUUUACAGCAACAGGUGCAGGGUGAUGAAUAAAAA